AUGGCACUGACUAAUAAGAAACAGUCGAACGAAACUCUGACUUUUUCCAGAUUUUUAUUCUUUUUCUCUAUAUUUUUGCUUUCGAAAUCAACAGAAGUGUUGAUUAUCUAUUCGAACUAUACAAAAAUCUCUAUUUCAGACUUUAUUUUUGAAAUACAACAGAGCACUUCAGCUCUAUCAGCAAUUGAAAUUACAGCUUGUGACUUUUUGGUUGCAGAAGAAGAGAUUUCUAACCGACCAAACUUAGUUGCAGUUUUUGACAUUUCAAAUGACUUAAGCUUCCAAUUCCGAAUUGCAAAGUUGUGCGAAAAUAAUCUCAUUGUGCAUUUUCUAUAUACUGAUAGUUUACCUUAUGAAAAUAAGUGAACUUUUUCAUUGUCAAGCUCAAAACUAAGUUUAAAUAGAGCCCUUAUUAUCACAUUGGCUUAUUUUAAUUGAACUGAUGGAAUUGCUGUAACAGACAUACAAAAAUUUUCAAAUUUGCAAGACCUUUUCCGCAGCUAUUUUAAGGAUAUUGAAGUAUUUUCUGUUAGUUCUGAUACUUUUAUUAAAGAUUUUAUAGGGAUUGAAAUGAAAAAAUUAGGUUCAUCUCUAUUUUACUUAUUCAUUAAUAAAGAUAUUUCUCUACAAAUUCAACAAUAUUUAGUUGAUUCAAAGCAGCUUGGUGAUGGAACAGGAAUUUUGCUUAUUAAAGAAAGUAGCUAUGGAUCAAAUAUUGAUGGGACCUUAGGCCUUGUAGAAAAAGGAAAAGAGUUUGUGGAGUCAGAGGACAGUUAUUUAUCCUUAACAAUUUUAGAGAUGAUAACUUCUUUAAACAAUGCCUCAGAUACAUAUAUUUUAAAUUUUUUAGAAGAAAAAUGCCCAAAUCAUUAUUGCAUUAAUGAAUUUUCGGUUAUAAACAUUCAAGAAAAGCAAAGAAAAAUCGUUGGAUCUAUUGUAGAAGGAAAUUUUAAAUUGCUUUCUUCUAUAGUAUUUCCGGGAAAUUCUAAAAAAAUCCCGAUUUCGCAGAAAAAAGUGUUAUAUUUCAGCGCAAGUGAUGGCACAACCGAUCCUGGUGGAGUCCCAUAUGCUUCGGUCGCUGUUUUUGCUAGAGGAUUAACUUUAGCUGUAAAAGACAUAAAUAGUGGUCAAAAUAUUUUAGAAAAUUUCCAAUUAAAGCUUAACCAUUUUGACUGCGGUGCAAGUGUCUAUAAUGCAGCAUUCGCUUUAAAUUGCUUUGAAAAAGACAAAGACAAGGUAGGUUUAGCUCAUAUCACAGCUCCUAUGACAGCUACAGCCUUUGGAGCUAUGAUAUCAUUAAAGAAAUUAAAUAUUACUGUUCCUUAUAUCGGAGCUGUUAAUAGUGGUCCUGAACUUUCCAAUACAACAGCUUACCCCUAUUAUUCCCGAAUAAGUUUACCAAGCUCUUGGGCAUACACUCAAAUCCCAAUAAUACUAAAAGUUAUGGGCUGGGAAAGCAUUGCAAUUUUAUACCAAAAUGAUAUAUCAGGCUCAGCAGCCUUUUAUUAUCUUAACCAAACUUGUGCAAAACAAAACAUUAAAAUCGUGAAUGAGCACAGAGGAAUUCCUCCACUUCUAGACAGAGAAGGACUUAAGAAUUAUACAAAUGUGAUAAAAGAAGUGGUUGAUUCCAAUGUAAGAUUUGUUACAUUGGUAUUUAACCCUCCUGAAGUAAACUAUAUUGCCGAAAUUUUUUAUGAUUUGGGGAUGAGGCGAGGCGAUGUACUUUUUUAUUCUACCUAUCCUGGGUGGUUGACGACUGUGGCUACACAAGAUGAGUUUUUAUAUAAAAGAGUAGAAAUUGCGAUUCCUAUGGUAAUUAUUUUUCAGUCACUUUUUGUUGGGGAAAUUGGGAAGAAAGUGCAUGAUGAUCUUUAUAAAGCAUAUGGAAAUACAGAGCCUGCAACUUAUGCAUGCCUUUAUUAUGAUGCUGGAAUGCUGAUAGAGAAUGAGAUAUAAAUUAAAAUAUGGCGUCGCUCGAAUUUUCUGGCCUCUCGGCCGAAAAUUCAUCUCUUGAAAUAUUUUAAUUAACUUAACUUAACUUAUUAACCAUCACGUUUAACGUCUCCUACGGGGUUGCUCUUCCAGGACUACCACCACACUCUCGUCGCUCGGGGCCCACUAGUUGCUGGGACAGCUAGUUUUGAUCUCCGACGCACGCCUCCUGCGCGAUGUUCCGGCUUCGACGGCUCAUGAUUGAGCUACUUUCUCUGUAACGAGGGUUAUCUGCUGGGAAAUUCCAAAAAAUAGUAUUUCUGGCCGACUUUCGGCAAAAGAGGAAAACUUGUAGCCCGGGGCGAAACUCCCGGCUUCUCGCUAGAGAUUUGCCCAAAUGGCCUAACUCCCCCCCCCACCUCCGUGAGCGAACAAAAAAAUUUUGUUCGCUCACGGAGGGGGGUUAAUUUUUUUUUUUAAAAAAAAUUUAUAUAUAAAUUUUAUAAAAAAUAUUUUUUUCGAAAUUUAAAAAAAAUCCUAAUUUGCAAAAACUGGGAAGCAAAUAUUAAUUUAAUUUGCAAAAUUUAUGUUUUAAAACGCAACUUGUUUAAAAUUAAACAGAAUUAGCUCUAGAUUUCAUUAUACUAAUUAUCACUUAUAUAUCAAAAUUUUUUUCCAUUAAAAUUUUUUCUAUUAAAAAAAUUUUUGUUCACUCACGGAGUGUGGGUUUUUGGUCAAAAAAUGGCGAUUUUUCUAAUGGUUUUGUUCGCUCACGGAGGGGGGGGGGAGUAAGGAUUACCUGCAGGCGCUGCUGGGCUUCUCCUUUCCAACUCCAAGCCUCCUCUUCCCUCGAGGUAAAAUCCUAACCCGAGAACGGACUGGGAUCAGGCUCUGUACACUGCCAGAAUUGCUUACCUGAUAUUGCUGUCCAUCUCUAGCUAGGCAAAACCCUGCCGGAUAUAAUUAAAUAGGGCUCGAAACUGUCUGGCCGAGAGGCCAGACCCAAGUUGAGACGCCAUAUUUAAUUAUGCAUAUUUUAAUUAAGAGAAUUUGUUUCCCUAGUGAAAUUAUCCCAAUUAUGUCAGAGAAGUAAGAGCCGGUGGCUUUUUCCUUCCGGGACUCCUGACCUAAGGGAAUCAAAUUUUCCAGAAAUUACUACCUACCCCAGGUGGUGGAGACUGGGACCUUUAGGGUGCCUGACGAACCCAAGUAGGUUCCUGAGCUAAAAGAAGAGUUCUCGAAGCCAAAACCUCAAGACCCGCGUCAUCACUAUGUAACGAAGUCAAGGUAACCACACUAUGGCGGGCCAGGGGAAGAGGGCGCGAAUUCGCCCCAGAGCUCUGCUCGAGGAUGCAGUGAUAGCGAGCAACCUAGUAGUGGAUAUUAAACGGAUAAUAAAUCUAAUUGAAUCGAUUUGAUAGGGAAUGCAAUUGAUUGGACGAUUAAUCAUGGCACUGAUUAUACCGAUCCUGAUGUUUUGAAUGCAGCUGUAAGGGAUGUAAGGUUUACUGGAUGCACUGGGAGUAUGAGUAUUCAAAAAGGAAGCAAUGAUAGACAGUUCAGUAGUUUUACAAUACAGUCGAAUUCUUAUAACUUCACGUCUGGAGCAUUAAAAACGUUUAUCGUAGGGUACUUCACACCUACAGGAUCUACAAUUUUGAAAAUCGAAACACCAUUUGUGUAUGCAGAUGGAACUACAAAUAAGCCUAGCGAUUUUAGAAUCACAAGGACUAAUUGCCCAUUUGACGAUAAAUUAAAGCGAACAUUUGGUAAAGGCCGAGCUUUGGUAUUUGGGAUCUGUUUCUUUAUUGCUGCUUUAACUGUUAUAGUAACAUUUUUUAUUUGGAAAAAAUGAUGGAAUAUGCUAUAUUAAACAGAGAAAAAUAAAUCUUUUUCAAUAGAUAUUAUAUUAAAUUAAAAACAAUUGGCCGGCACUAUCUUAAGCUUAGUUGAAUGCAGCAUAGAAAAGUUGAUCCACUUACCAAGGCCGAAGAAAUCUCGCUUGAAGAUUUUAUUGUUGGAGUCACUAUAGGGGUCGAAUUUUUCCAAUUUAUUUCACAGGGCCCUGAUAUUCGGCCUUUAAACGCUUUUCUUGCAGAUAUCGGCGAUGCUGUAUCCUUAGAUUUGGAAAGUUUUGCAAAAUUGGAAAACGGAGUUUUUUGGUGGAUUGCUACAAUAAUAAUUAUUUUAUGCGGAGUGUGGACUAUUUUUUGUUUAGAAAUUUUCUUUCAAUUGGAUGAAAAAUUAUGUCGUGCUAUAUUAUAUGCAACAAAAAAAAAAUUUUUAAAAGCAUAAGUCCACAUUUAUUUAAGGUUAAUGUAAACCAUAUAUGGUUCUUUAGAGCUUUAUCAUUUCUUGCUGACAACUCUAUGCCAAUUUUAGGGAAUUUAUGCUUCAUCCCAUUUAUAUCCAUUCUUUUAGAAAUUUUUUUAUGUGACCAUUCUAUUGGAAAUCACUUCACAGAUAGCUACUUAAAUAAAGAUUGUUAUCAGUUCUGCUGAAAGGGGGAUCAUAUUAUUUAUGUUGUCUUAUCAGCAUUUUCUUUAUUCUUUUAUGAACCUUUAGCAGUCUUUUGCCGACCUCUUUGGCAGGAGUUGCAGUCAAAUUUGCAUGUAAAAUCAAUGCCAUUAUACUUGAUGGUAAAAACUGUGAUACAGGUGAUGCUGGUUGUGAUGAAUAAAACACUGAAAAGGUCAAGUGAUAUUGCCCAUGGAUUUGUAUUUACAGUUUUAAUACUAAUGUAUGCAGGAUUUGUAUGAAGAUUUAAAGCUUUUAACUAUGCAAGAUUCAACUGAUGGCAGCAAUUAAGCCUUAUUGGUGUUGCUUGGGUAUCAUUUUUGUCAACAAUAAAUUUCCUUGCAGGAGGGACUACAUUUCCAUGGAUUUCAUUGAUUUUAGGUGGAUGGGUAAUCGUGGUGCUCAUAGGACUAGCUGUUCAAAAGAAAAAGUAUCCGAGUUUGUUGUUCAGGAAGAAAGGAAAAGACACUUCAACUUUAUUCAAAUUUGCAUUUACCUUUGGUAGACAAUCCAAAAUGCACCAGUCAAAAAUCGAACCUCACAAGCUUGAUCUUUUUGGAUCUAAGUAA